AUGAUAACAUUGGGCAUCGGAGUGGCGACAGCUGCAUUUCUAAUCAUUUCAUAUGCUAUAUAUGUUUUACUACGGCCAUAUAAUCGAAUAAGAAAACUUGGCGAUGUUGGGCUGUUCCUGGGUAAACCGGAGAUGAAAGGUGUUUAUCGCGAGCGGCAAAUCACGAGGCUCGCCAAAUUACGACGAGUUGGUGAAUUACCUCCUGUAUAUCCGAACGGAUGGUAUUGUAUAGCUGAAUCGGACGAGAUAAAACCCAAGUGUAUAAAAGAAAUUACUAUAUUUGGUUAG